UAUACAGUUUAAUCAGUCAGACUGGCUUAAGAAAUAUAUAGAAUUAAACACUGAGAUGCGAAAAAAAGCUAAAAACGACUUCGAAAAGGACUUUUUCAAACUUUUAAACAACGCUGUUUUCGGGAAGACGAUGGAGAAUUUAAGACUUAGAAUUAAAAUGGAGCUUGUUUGUAGUGAAAAACGUCUGCAAAAACUUAUAAACCUUACAACAUUCAAACACUGCAUUACAUACAAUGAAACUCUGAAUGCCAUAUCAUUAGAAAAUAAAAUUAUCAAGUUUUGCAAGCCAAUAUAUAUAGGUUUUGCAGUAUUGGAAAUUUCUAAGACCGUUAUGUAUGAUUAUCAUUACAACGUUAUGCAAGCUCAUUAUGGAAAUAAAAUUGAGCUCAUGUAUACUGAUACAGAUUCACUGGUAUACUAUAUCCAGAAUGAUGAUUUUUACAAAGACUUGGAAAAUAAUUCCAAUUUACUCGAUCGAAUGGAUACAUCAGACUUACCACGAGACCAUCCGUGUUACAUUGCCGAACGAAAGAAAAUUCCGGGUCUGUUUUCCGAUGAGACUAAUUCAGAGGUUAUGACAGAUUUUUGUGCACUACGUUCAAAGUCUUAUGCAUAUAAGAUCAAUGGUAAGGAGAAGAUCCGGGCGAAAGGAAUCCGAGGACAUGUAGUGGAAAACCACAUGAACUUCGACGAUCAUUAUCGCUGUCUGUUUGGGGAUGCAACCUUGAAUACGAAGACAGAAAAUGUCUCUAUCCGUUCAUUCAAACAUCAAUUGAAGACCAUUAAAUCAAACAAAGUCACUUAUAAUAGUUUCGAUGACAAGAGGAUUAUACUCGAGGAUAAAAUACAUACCCUAGCUCACGGACACUAA